AUGGGAUCAUGUGUAUCAAAGAAUAAUAGCCGCGAGAGCAUUAAUAGGAGGAGGAGGACAUCAGCCAGCGCAAAGAGUACUUCAUUGAGCUCAGCAAACAAGAAGAAGCAGCUGUUGCACGAUGAACACAAGAACAAUUUGAAUCAGGUGGCCAUCAAUUGGAAGUCCAACACCAUUGGCAUUUGGAAGCGAUCGCACGAGAAGCUGGCCAUUCACACGGACGUGCCACGUCUGGGCCACAAGAUCGACAUUGUCGACAAGCUGGACCGACUGGCCGACAUGACAUUCCCCAGCGUCGCAGGCACUUCGAUCACCAUCAACACACUGCCACCACCCACAGCCACCGGUGAGUCGUCGAGCAGCCGGUCGUCGGGCGAGGUGGCCAGCGGCGGUGCCUCGGACGAGUCGUCCAAGUACGCGCCAUCCACCACACUGACGUCACAUGGCAUCACAACGUCGGUGGUGCUCAAGAAGGAGGAGGUCGUUCUGCAGAUGCUGCUGACGCUGGCGCAACUGCUGGACGGACCCGAGAAGGCGGCACAGAUCAAGGAGCAGUACACCAACUACAUCAAGAGCAGCGGCGACAUAUCCCAGCAGCUGCUGGCGCUGCUGUCCAACGUGGUCACCGAACAGAGCCGCAUGAUCCGCCUGCUCAAGGCCUGUCAUCAGAAGAUCAUCCUGCCAGCCUACUACUUUAUCAAAGCCAAUCUGUUUGAGGACCUGCCAUUCCGCGACAAGCGUGGAUCAUGGCGAAUGCAGAUUGUCUUUGAGGAGGACGGAUCAAUGUCGGCCGUGCACUCGAAGCGCCAACAAUCGACGGCGGGCACCGACGCCGAGCCCGAGUUUGAGUUUGAGUGGACGCUGGCCAUUAUCUAUGACAAGAACAUCGAGAUCACCGCACUCAAGGUGGACGUCGUCGACCUAAUCAUCUCCAAGAACAUCGCACAGGACAAGCGCGAACUGAUACAGCACGCAUUCAACUCGCUCCAGCUGGCCACCACCGUGUCCAACAACAGCGGACUGACGGCCAAGAACAACCAGCCCAUCCCUUUGAACAAGAUCCCGGAUGCAUAG